UUAUGUAAUUCAAAAUGGCCACCUAAGAAUAACUUAAACGACGUAAUUUGCCCUGUGAUAGUCUCAAAAAGCCAUGAAUGUCGAACUUGGUAAACUUGAGUCAAAGAAGGAAGUAGAUAAUGCUAUUCGGUCCACAGAAGAUAAAGUACUGGUGCUACGAUUUGGUCGAGAUGACCAAGAAUGUAUGAGACUUGACAAUAUACUGGCGAAAACAAGACAUUUGCUAUCGAACAUGGCAGAAAUAUAUACUGUUCAAAUGGGUUGCGUGCAAAUGUAUGAAAGAUAUUUUGACAUCACCCUUACACCAGCCACCGUCUUCUUCUUCAACGGUCAACACAUGAAAGUGGAUUAUGGGACACCCGACCAUACCAAAUUUAUUGGCAGUCUAAAGACCAAGCAAGAUUUCAUUGACCUUGUCGAAGUUAUAUAUCGAGGAGCUAUGAAAGGGAAACUUAUUGUUACUUGUCCAAUUGCCCCAGAAAACAUACCUAAAUACGACCUGUUGUAUAACGACAUUUAAUUUAUAUUAUACAAAUAGCACUUACAAUAUGUGUGACGAAGAGACAAGCUAGUUUUCCUAACUACAUUUCUCUAUGAAUAUCCGAAGUCAAUGUUCUCAGAAUUUUUUCACUAAAUGAAUAGAGUAACAGUGAUCAGCCAUGUCAGUUUAAAA